UUCCUCAUAUCACAAUCGAUACCAGUUCAAACAAAGGAAUCUCUCUACCGCUUUCUCUCCUCUUUUCACCCAAGAUGUCAGUUGGCUUUGGAAAAUGCAGCAAAAUCCGGCACAUUGUCCGCCUCCGGCAAAUGCUCCGGCGGUGGCGCCACAAAGCAGCAGCGGCCUCCCGCAUGUCAUCCAGUUGCAUUCCCUCCGAUGUUCCCGCCGGCCACGUCGCCGUUUGCGUCGGCACCGAUGGGAAAAGAUUCGUGGUUCGUGCCACCUACUUGAACCACCCCGUCUUCAAGAAACUCCUAGUGGAAGCUGAAGAAGAGUACGGAUUCACCAACCAAGGUCCCCUUUCACUUCCGUGCGACGAGUCAGUCUUUGAAGAGAUCCUCUGCUUCAUAUCACGGUCCGAAGCCAGCAACUCAGCGCGUUUCGUCAAUCGUGAAGAUUUUCAGAGAUAUUGCCACGUAGGCAUCAGAAGUAGUCUGGACUUCUGGCCCGAAUCUCGACCGCUUCUUCAUAGUAAAAGCAUUUGGUAAGCAGCGAAAGAUCAGCUGUCUUGAGUGUGAAAUAAAAUAUACUUCGAGCCUGACCCGGGUAUGACUCAGUCCGAGUUAGUUCGCCUCAUGAAUAGUUUGAGGAAGGAAAAAAAGAAAAUCCGAUUCAAUUCUAUUGACUCGGUCGAGUUCCUCGAGUGAGUACUAAUUUUUACUCACCAUGAUUGGUAAAAGGGUGAGAGGGUGGGUGGUUUUAUUUAUUUAUUUGCAAAAUGAUAUGAUUGGGUAAUUGGGCGGUGAGGAGUGUGUUUUACUCCGAAGAAUGUACGGAGAUGGCAUAUUGGGUGGCGAGUGCCCACCGAGUCGUCCCGGGUUCGAAUCGGAGUGAGGCUAAAAGUUGAGAUCGAUGAACCAACCGAGGAAGAGGAAGAACGUGCAAGUGUUCGAAUGAGGUUACUUUUGUAAAUUCCGUUAUUUAUUGGAUUGAUUAAUGGGAAUUGUAGAGAAAUUGAAGCAUGAUUGUCCAUUAUCUCUGAAAUAUGUAUAUAUUUUUUAUUUAAAAAAAAGGCAAAUAAUAAUAAUAUAUUUUGCUAUGAA